CCAUCGGUCAACAUCACAUUUGUCAGUCACCGCAGUAGUGGCGGCACAUUUGUAGUGAUAUACGACUCAGGAAAGAUCCGAAUCUUUGUCCAUCUGUCAUUUGACAGUUUCGUCCCCCCUCCAAAGCGCCACUUGUCGCCUUCUUCUGCCCUGUCUUCCAUUAACUUCCUUGAUGCCGUGAAACACCUUCGCUAUAUGACGUUGAGCGCCAUUGGACAGUCUGCUUUCAGCAUUGCCGACGCCUGUCAGCUAUCGUCACAAGAUGGAUCUGGGGUCGGACAUCAUACACGACAUCAUCCACCCCACAGCAGCCUUUACGGACGUCUCCCCGUCAGAAGUCGAGCACCAUGAUAGUGGCAUCCCGCAUCGGCUUCCACCGGCCGAUGAUUGGGAGCGCUCCCAGCUAAAUCCCAAAAACCGCAUCGACAGCCUCGAUCCCCUGCCCAAUCCUCUGUGGCGCAUCGAUGGCUGUACAGGACUCGGGACGCAGUUCUACGUUCUUCCCACGUUUCUUCACUCAACGCCGCCGCUGCGUCUCGAUGCCUUCGUGCCCGAGCAGUCAACUCAGACGCGUGAAAUUCGGCAAUUGUUGGAUUUGGACGUGGCGUUUCAUACUAAAGAUCGCGCCCGAGUUCAAAAGCUCAACAUAUCUAAGCACAUCCUUCGUGCUUUGCAAGUUUGGACGAAACGACUGCCCGACCCCGAGGGGUUGUUGCGAUCUCUGCCAUUCGGCUCUCGAAUCGUUUUCAAAGACAUAUCUUUGGAUGUCAGAGCCAUAGAGAUCAACAUCGCACCCACGUACUAUCUCGAACGUCAACUGCUCUCGGCCUCAGCCCUCACCGAUAUGUGGGGACCCGAAAUCCAGAUACCACAAUGCAUCGACUUCUCCGAGGUUCAUGUCGUCGAGCAGAUUCAUGAUAGUGUCUGCCUUGUUCAGAUCAAAGGCCGUCUGUGGAUUUUGAAGACACUGACAAGUUACACCAAGUACUUGUACCAUGAACUUAAGCUUCUGUUGUCAGUAAUACCACACCAAAACAUCAUGUCACGUCCCGCACACCUCGUCACAAAGCGUUGCACUUUUGGUAGCAAGGUUGCUGUUAUUGGAUUCACUCUCAAGUAUCAUCAUUACGGUACUUUGAGAGACAUUGUACCUCUAUCGCGGAUUCAUGAUACGAUUUCCCCAACCGAACAAAUCAAAUGGUCAAUACAGAUUACAUCGGGUGUACUGCACCACCGCAAAACCUCUGGUACAUUUUAUCCCGAUCUCCGCCUCGACAACAUCGUCUUAUCAAAAGACAGAGAUGCGGUCAUGGUCGAUUUUGAACAGCGCGGGGUGUGGUGCGAAUUUGCGUCCCCGGAGAUCAAUGCUGUCGAAUACAUCCGCAUAUUAGCCACAGACGACGACAUACCUGAAGAUACCAGAGAUCACUAUGCCAAGAUUCUGAGACGCUUGUGUCCUGACUUUGAGUCUCUUCAAGCCAGGGAGGAGUACACGAAUCCGACCAACGGCUACAACGUCUGCUGGGCAUCUCUCGGCCCGAGGGAACAGGAGGCAUCGGAGGUGUACAUGCUCGGGAGAGUGUUAUGGUGCAUCUUUGAGGGAGCUAGCGCACCUCAGCAAGCUGCUGUGUGGCAGUCCUAUCGAUGGGAGACUGACGUCGACUUUCCCGCAUUUCUCAGGACGCCACCGAUACUACGCUCUCUCAUCGACCGUUGCACAAGUGGCCGUCGUGCCACCUUGGGUGACCAGAUCGGUAGAGAGGGCAACAAGAUCAUUUUCAAAGGUCAAGAGAACAAGACUGAGCCUGAGGACAUCCGGCAAGCUGCUGCGACGUGGUGGAAACGCGAGAUAGCUUGGGCCGAGAGUUUCCUGGCCAUGAGAGAUUAUUCAAGAUCAAGUGGAGAAUGGAGCGAGAACCACUUCGGCAGACCUAGCUUACAGAGCGUAUUAGAUGAGCUGGAGAAGAUUCGAGAUGAACUAUGAAUGAACAGACACCGGGCCAAAUAUGACUUUACAAAGGCUCAAACAGAACAAAUGGAUUCAAUCAGAGAUGGACGACUCGGGACUAGAUAAUGGUAUUUAUUGUAUUGCAGAACAGAAGAGGAGAGGCCCUCAAUAGUACGAGAUGCCUGAAGCCGUAACCUAUCCACCGAUGUCACUGUCUAGAGGCUUGGCGCCUUGCAUCCUCUAGCAGUUGUGUGA